AUGCAAAAUAAUCCAGUAUCUUUUCAAGAUGCAAUCGCACGUGCUCAACAAGUGGCAGCAAAAUUAGCUGCAGCAGCACCCAAUUCCAAUAGAAGUCCAUCUUCAAAACGACCAUAUGGUGAAGAAGACAGUGUACAAAAACGCCCGGCGUUUGGUUCUCCAACACAAUCAGGUUCUAUUCCCGAGCCUGUUCUACGUGCGCAACAAAUAGCACAACAAAUUAAUUCUCAAUUAGGUGUCAAACCAAUAAAUGGUUCGCCAACAACACCACUUUCAAAUCAAUUGUCGUUUCAAGAAGAUUAUAAAAUUCCUGAUAAAUUUGUCGGUCUUAUUAUUGGUAAAGGUGGUGAACAAAUCGUUCGUCUUCAAGCUGAAAGUGGUUGUAAAGUACAAAUAUGUCAAUUACGACCAGAACCUAUACCGAACGGUCCUAAUCCUCCUGAUCGUUUAGCUAAUUUAUCUGGUUCAAGAGAUUCUAUUGAACGAGCUAAACGUAUCAUGGACGAUAUUAUAACGCGAGGAAAGAUGACUGAUAGUGGCACAGGCAGUUUUAAUCCCUAUUCAAUGGGAGGAACAACGGCGAAAUCUAUUGAUGUUAUGUUACCAUCAUCUAAAUGUGGUUUAGUUAUUGGUAAAGGUGGUGAAAAUAUUAAACGCGUAUCGGAAGAAUUUGGUGUUAAAAUGUAUGUUGUUCAAGAUUCGGCAGAUGUCGAUGGAAUUGAACAUAAACCAUUAAGAAUUUCGGGCGAAUCUGAUCGAGUAGAACGUGCUAAGCAACACGUACUCGAUUCAUUAGCAAAAUCAGGUGGUGUAACAACUCAAACAAAUCGUCUUGGUGGAAAUCAGAAUAGCUCAUCAUCAUAUAAUGAUCCACAUUCACGAAUGGGUAAUACACCUUUAACUGGUCCAUGUAAUGAAGCAACUUAUAGUGUACCUUAUGAAAAAGCUGGUAUUAUCAUAGGCAAAGGCGGUGAAAGUAUCAAAGAAAUAAAUCGAAAAUCCGGAGCUUUUGUUGAACUCGAUAAAAAUCAUUCUGCACUUAUGGGACAAUCAGCUAACCGUGUUUUUAAAUUACGCGGUACGCCUGAACAAAUACUUACAGCACAACAAUUAAUGUAUGACAAAGUUGUCAAUAGUCCGGGUGGUCCUGGGGAUAUGUUAUCACCGUUCGAAUUUCAACAACGUCAUAAUUUACCAUUGGUUGGAGCAAAUACAAUAGACACAUGGAGCAAUAAUAAUGAUGCAUAUGGAAAUGGGAAUAAUAAUAAUGAUCCUUAUAGUCAAUUGGCGAGUACUUAUGGACAAUGGCCACAGUUUAAUUCCUACGAUCAAAGUUCAUUACAAAAUAAUAAUAAUGCAUCAGCAUCCGCAGUUGCUGCAGCAGCAGCCGGUACUCCAGAUAUGGGACAAAUGGAUCCAGCUUGGUUAGCGUAUUAUCAAUCAAUGAAUUAUUAUAGUAUGAUGCAAGCCGGUAUGGCAGGAAGUACGUCAUCCGGUACAUCCACAAGUACAACUGCAACAAAGUCAACUGAUUCAACAGCCAACGCAACGAAUGCUACUUCAACUACGCCAGCUAUAAAUCCAACUACCGGUCAACCAGAUUAUAGUCAACAAUGGAUUGAAUAUUACCGAUCAAUUGGACAAGGAGAAUACGCUGAUGAAAUCGCUCGGCAAAUGAAAGCGUCCGGUUCAACUGCAACACCGACUAGUGCAUCAUCAGCUGCAAGUGCUGCACAAGCAACUGCUAUGAUGAUGUCAUCUGCAAACCCUUGGGCUGCCUAUGCGCAACAAUGUGCUAAUGCAGCAACAUCCAACACUACAAAUGGUACUAAUUCGUCAGCAACAUCUUCCUAA